AUGCCCCCAGCUCUUAGCGAUGAAGAGGCAUCUGACCUCGAACUUCAAACCUCUGUCGCAAAAUCUGUUUCGCACUCCAAGUCCUUCCAAGCCGAACCCUCGAGCGAUGACGAACCCGUGGUGACGAAUGGAAAUUCUCGUGGAGGCAAAACCGACGUUGAGGAAGAUGAAAUUGAAGACGAAGACUUGGAAGAAGAUGAGUUCAUUGUCGAGGCGAUCAAGAGUCACAUGGUCGACGAAGAUGGAAGCCUCAAGUUUCAGGUCAAAUGGGAAGGUUACGAGUCCAAGAAAGACAUGACCUGGGAGCCAGAAGAAAAUCUGGAGAUGUCGGCGCAUCUGAUUCUCGACGAGUAUCUGGAAUCAAUCGGGGGACGCGACAAGAUCUUCAGCCAAACCGAAAAGGCCGCCAAGGGCAAGAAGCGAGGUCGGCCAGCGUCCAAUUCCGUCGCGGCCACGGCGAAGCGGGCCCGAAAGAACGGGACACACCCUUCAGAGACGGCUCCUCCCGCGACGGUCAAGGCAUGGGCACCGCCGGCCGGCUCAUGGGAAGAGGAGAUUGAUACGAUUGACGCCUGCGAGGAGGAAGCGAACGGAAAGCUGGUCGUCUACCUGGUGUGGAAGAAUGGCAAGAAAACCAAGCAUGACACGUCGGUCAUCUACAAGAAGUGUCCACAAAAGAUGCUGCAAUUUUACGAAAGACAUGUCAAAAUUAUUAGGGAUGAUGCAAAGUCUGUCCAAGGAUGA